AUGGGAGAGACGGAAAUCGAAGACUUCGGCAUACCUGUCAAUGACAUCAUUGACGACCGUAUCAAGCUCGAAGCGAAAGCAAAACAGGAGACAGGGCAGGAUGUGGAAUUAGACUCGCAGUGGACCGACGUCGAGAAGAUACAGUUUUCGGAAAACGUAUGCGCCGUGUUACUACGAAAACAAAACAACCAAAACAAACAAAACAAACCGGGUGGCGUUGCUAGGGUGGAAGGAGAGCCUCCCAGAUACAUAUUGACGGACAAAGUGAAUGGGAUAGUACUUGUUGCUGCAAAACCCGGGGAAAAGAUCAUACUAUUAGGCCAACCUUCCGUUCGCUGUUUCCGUCGUCGAAACCCAUGA